GCAAGCACCCUCAAGCAUGGGAGCGAGUGAUAGGGAACAACCCCAACCCCUUAGGACAUGAUGACACAGUAGAUAAGAGGAGUCUGGCGGCCAACACAAGACAGUAAAACACACAAGAAUUGACCUGCAAUGAAAAAAAAUGAGUGAUACUUGGAAGCAUGCUCUACUUACUAAUCAGGGGACAAGGAAAUAUAAUAAUAAUGGAUACUUGCAUAGCUCACAACCUUGGACUUAACCGACUCGCGGCGCUGAUAAGAGGUGUUAUUACCGAACCAUACAGAAUCGGGCAGUUGUACAUGAUCAGCAAGCACAGCCAUGAGCAGAGUUCAGAUGGGGAAGGGGUAGAGGUGAUUAUCAAUGAGCCUUAUACAGAUCCCGCUCAUGGAGAAGGUCAAUACACAGAGAAACGGCUCUACCUUAACAGUAAACUGCCAGCAUGGGUACGAGGCUUUGUUCCGAAGAUAUUCUACAUUACAGAAAAGGCCUGGAACUAUUAUCCUUACACCAUCACAGAAUAUACAUGCUCUUUCUUGCCAAAAUUUCAAAUUAGAAUAGAAACAAAGUUUGAAAACAAUAAUGGCUGCAAUUCACAGGUCUUUGGAGAAAAGCCCACCCCUGAGGAAGAUGUUUGCUUUGUGGAUAUUGCCAUUGAUGAUAUCCCAGAAGGUUAUUAUAAAAAGUCAGAGGACCUCAGAACUUUCCAUUCAGAAAAGACAGGUCGGGGGCCAUUAUUAGAAGACUGGAAAGAGACUACACAGCCAAUUAUGUGCUCCUAUAAAUUAGUCGCAGCCAAAUUUGAGGUUUAUGGAUUUCAGUCAAGAGUAGAAAGCUUUGUCCACAAGAACAUUAAAGAUAUUUUACUUGCAGGACAUAGGCAAGCUGUAGCAUGGAUGGAUGAAUGGUAUGGUAUGUCUUUGGAGGAUGUUCGUAAGUUUGAGAAAAAACUUCAAGAGGAGACAAACUGCAAAGUAAAUUCUCAGAAGAAACCCACAGAGUCAAAGAGUGAAGCAUUGCUAAACACAAGUAGUGGGAAACACUCAAUCAACCGUUCAACCUCAUGGAAUAAUGGAAGUGAAACCUGUCCUUAUGCAGCAACCAAUGGGUCUACAGAUUUAAAGCCACGCCCCAGAUUACCUUCAGCCCCAGAAUAAUCCUUUGCUUUGGAAAUCUUUACAUCUGGAUUAGCACAUUAUGUAUAAUACACCCUGAAGGUUGUUACUGAAGUCUCUGGAACAAACUCUUCAACAUAAACUUGAUGGAUUGACUUUGCCAGUGAGAUUUGCAUUGCUGUUUACUUUCUGUAAUGUAAUGUAAGUUUCUUGAAAACUAGGAGUGCUGAAGACUUGGACUUGGCAAUACACAAAUACAUUUGCAGUGUAUGACAGCAUUUGGUGGUUAUUUGUUUUAAAGAGCAUUUCGUCCAGGUAUUGGGUACAUUUUUAGAAAUAAAAUGAUUUCUGUAACAAUUUUAUGGAGUUGGAAAAAACAUUGCAGAGUCAUGAACUUGACUUUGGAAUGUUAGCUGCAAUAUUAAUGUUUGGGAGAAAAGGAAUUAAGUCAAGUUUGCACUGAGUCGUAGAUACCUGAAUUCAACCGCUGGAACAGGAAAUGUCAUCAUUGAUAGAUACUACUUUCUAUAUUGUUACAGUGAUUAUAUUUGUGUUAGUUAAAGGGGGGUUAAAUGAACGUAAAGUUACUAUUUUAAAUUUUAGUUAUAUGAAGUGUAUGUUUAGUUGAAUAUUUUUAUAGUCAUACAUGUUGUAAGUUUAAUGAAUGUGCUCUCUGAGGCCAUAUAUAGCCAUGUUGGUGUCAUGUGGUGAAGGGAGAUUGCACUUUAGCCAAUGUAUCAUCUGCCUAAAUCAAUUCAGUUUGUUUUUAUUUGUUAAAUCAUUCCUAGAGUCCAAAGAAUAGAAAAUGUGGUUAUAUACUUCAAUCAUUUACUUAACUCAUAAUCCCUUACUAUUGAAAGCCCCAGCAUCAUCUUUAUUGUGUAUACCCACAUUAAUGCCAAUAAUUUCAUUUAUGGGGUAGGGUGAAUUUAAAAUCCCAUACCAUGUAUCUAAAAACCAUGUGUUAUUGCUAUUCAAGUUGAAACUCUUAUAUACUGUUUUUAUACAAAUUUUGCCAUAAAAGCCUCUGGGUAUUUCUAUGGGCUGGGUCUGUCAUUUGCUUAUUUUUGUAAUAGAACCUACCCCAAUUGUUACAUAUAAAAAUACUUAGAAAUAAUUUUUUUGACAUUUAUAUUGCACAAAACUCUCCUGCUAAUGCAUUAGUGAUUAUAGAACUUAGCAUUUGUGGGUGCUAACAAUGAUGGUGAUAUUAAGGGUUAUAGGAUUACCAUGUUCUGUUCCCAGUUCCUGCCUUUCUAAUAUAAAAUGUAUCCUUUUUAUUUCCCUUCCUGUGUUCAUUUGCUCUCUCUUUUCCGAACUGUUUUAACUGCAUAUAAUAACCAACAUUGUCUUCUCUGUAGAUGGCAGGUCUUUACCACCACUAAAGUUUCAGGUUACUGGUGUUUUUGGUCAUAUGGCCUGUGGGGUGUGAUCAGCAACAGUGAUCGAGAGAGUUAGAUAAAUACUGUAUAUAAAAAAUGUUCUAACUAGUAAAUAAGGGCUGUUGGCACUUAUGAGGGUUGGGAUUAUUCAGUAAGGUUAGAGAGUGCUUUAUAUAAUGAAUGUGAACCUUGAGAAACUGUGUAUGAUUUAUGUUUAUAACUCUCUGUUAUGUGUACAAUUGUAUACAAAGCAUUGUAAUGAAACGCAAGCCACAAUUUACACCCAUUACUAGUUUAUGGUAACACUGAGCAAUAUGUGAUUUUUCUAACUUCAGGUCACUUAAAGGGACACUGAACCCAAAUGUUUUCUUUCGUGAUUCAGAUAGAGCAUGCAAUUUUAAGCAACUUUCUAAUUUACAACUAUUAUCAAUUUUUCUUCGUUCUUUUGCUUUCUUUAUUUGAAAAAGAAGGCAUCUAAGCUAUUUUUUUUGGUUCAGACCAUGGAAAGCACUUUUUUAUUGGUGGAUGAAUUUAUCCACCAAUCAGCAAGAACAGACCAGUUUGUUCACCAAAAAUGGGCCGGCGUCUAAACUUACAUUCUUGCUUUUCAAAUAAAGAUACCAAGAGAAUGAAGACAGAUCACGAUUUGAUAAUAGGAGUCAAUUAGAAAGUUGCUUAAAAUUGCAUGCUCUAUCUGAAUCACAAAAGAAAAAAAUUGGGCUCCGUAUCCAUUUAAGAGUUGUGAACUACAAAAAAAAAUGUACAAUGUUUAAUGGAUUCACUUUGAAAUUUCUAACUUCUGUGAUCUUAGAGUAUUUCAUAUUUUGUUUGACCAUUUUUCACAUAAAACCUCUGCUGAGAAUCUCCAGCAUUUUUAGGCUUCAUUUAGUUCUGAAGUCUGAGGAACCCUUGAAUUCUGAUGAUGUUUCAGGAGCUGUGCAUCUAUUUUUGUUGAUCCAACCAUCAUUUUAACAAUCAAAAAAUAUCACUGUGUGCAACAUACAGGCUUCCAAUCUAUAGAUUAAGGAUUACAAUCUAUAAUUCAGCAGAAAGCAAAAUGUAAAUACCUCAGGAAUAAGGUUUUUUUGUUCAUAAAACAUUAAGGGGAACACUACAAUCCCUGUUAUGCCAAAAAUAUAGAACACUUUCAAGUACAUUUUAAAAUCCAUUGAGCUGAGUAUAAAUUGCACCUAUAAUAACCUGUGGAAGUAGUUCAACUGUUUAUAAUACAAACAAAUUAAUGGAAGUGGGCGCUUGAUUUUCGUCUCCUAGAAAUGGACCCUCAAUUUUAAAGCAGCAUAGAAAAUACUUUAUUUUCUUUAAAUUUCCUUAUUAAAAAAACGUAGACAUACAGCAAAAAUUCAGAAUACUUUUACAAUUGCAUUACGAUGUAUCAGUGUCAAAAUAGGCCGCAAUCAUUUGCAAAUAAGAGCAAAAAUAAAGUAACAAACAAUAAAGGCUGAUUGAGAUCACAUUAAUAUAUUUCCAUAUUCUUCAUCACUAUGAGUCAUAACUUCAAAACAUGAAACACUAGUUGUAGUGGAAAAUACAACAUAUACAAAAGAUUCUUACACAACAGCAGAUGCUAUCUAUACAAAUUUAACCUUUUAAGAGGUCUGACCAAAUUAAGUCUUGUCAAUGUGAGCUACAUUCAGCCGUGAGUUAUAUUCAUGUUAUAUUAUUAAUUAUGUUAUCAAAGUAAAUUCCGAUAAUAUGAGAUACUAGUUUUGUUCAUCGCAUGCAUAAUUCAUUAAUAAAAUGAAUGUGGAGCUAAUAUAGGAUUUCCGUCAUACCAUCACUUAUCACCUUGUAUAAAAUAUGGGUUAGCUUAGUGCAAUUGUAGUUCUAUUUGUAUCUUGAUAUUUCAGUAGUCAGUAAACUACAUACACUCAUGCUCACAAGUCUCCAGAUAGUCUGAAGCUAUCCAUUCUAAGAAGUCUCGUCAAUAAUGUCAGUUUCCUCAAAAUUUUUAGAAAGGCAGAUUUUAACUUGAUGGCUGUAUAUCUUGCUAUGGAUAGUUUGGCAUUUAAUGAGCAACACCUACAUUACAAUAUAAUGUUUAAAAAAGCAUAAGAUUUUGUGUGACUCUCCAUGGCGGCGAAUUUUUGAUCAUCAGGCCUGCACAACAUGCUCAAAGUUACUGAUGGACUUUGUUGUAAAGUCAAUAUAAUGUUUGAAAUUAAUUGAGUAUCUCUUUACAUAUCUUUCCCAACAUUUUGUGUGCAUUCCCGCUCUAAAAGUCUGUAGUUCGUGAGGUGCCCAAUAUAUAAAGUGGUCUCGCUGGUUAAAAUGAAAGGUGUAUCUAGGGUGCUCCAGGUUGAUCUAGAAGAGAGGAUGGAAUUGUUCAAUAUGUUUUUAAGGCAGUUUUUUGAUGCUUGUUUUCUUCAUAGUAGAACUAGGCCUAUGUGGUGAGAAGCGAAUGGUUAUAGCUGUAGCUAUAUUGACAAGAGUAGAAAUGUCUUUGAAAAAGACAAUUUUCUAAUUUUAGGCAUUGCGCUGUUUUUUUCUUUGUGAUAUUAGUUUCACAAAUUGAUUUGAUUGAAUAUCUACCAUUAGGAUAAUUUCUGCUCAUUAUACAUCUAAGUUACCUUCCAAACACUGUUCCAUUAUAUAUUUUUACACCUCAACCCAAGCUGUAUAGUGACACUUCAUAUAUUGUUCACAUAGCCUUAUCCUUACCUAGAAUAUACUAUGUUAUUAUCUCUGUAUUGCAUUUUAUGGAAUCCACUAUAAAAAAAGCAGUGAAAGACACACGUUAUCAGACAACAAUGUACAUUUCACCUCUUUCAAGCAUCUGGGGGAAGACCAAUUCUAUUGUAUUGUUUUUUUACAUUUAAAACUGUUCAACCAUGGUUUUAGGGUUGUUAUAAAAAUAAUAUGUUAGAUAUUUUAGGCCCCAUUUAUCAAAGUCCGGGCAGAGAUGGUUUGCUUCUGCAAACCUGUCCACCAGGGAUUUCAGUGCCGCCCCCUGCUCAUGCUAGCCCAGUAGCGCACGUGUAGGUGCUGUCAAUCACCCAGGGUGAGCGUGUCCGGUAAGAUUUUUAUCUGCUUCUUAACUAUUGGCUGCAAAAAGUACAGUAAUAUAUUCCAUAGUAGCAAAUUAAUAUACAAGUAGAUGAGGUUAAAAAUGUCAAAAAUCCAUUGAGUUCAUCCUUCACAGAUAUAUAGUGAUCUUGGAAAUAUAAAUAAGAAAAUACCAAAUGGACUGACAUUAGUAAAACAAAAUUUACCAUGGGUUUUGAUUAAUGCAUCUAAGUCUCUUUUUAACAUUAUCCACUAAGUCUGCAGUCACUACCUCUGUGAACAAUAAGCUCUACAGCUUGACUGAUCUCAUUUGCUGAAGGUGAUAUUUUCUUUCCUCUAGCCUUCAGGGAUGGCCUCUUGUCACUUUCAGUUUCCUUGAGAUAAAAAGUGAUAUUGUUUGUAUUAACAAUUAAUAAACUGUGGUAUCCUGUCUAUUCCCUAUAUGAUUCCUGAAUGUAUUUAAAAUUGUAGUCAUAUUACUCCUCAAAGGGUCCUGUUUUUUCUAAAGAGCGCAUAACCAUUUUGGCAAAUAUCUCCUCAUAAACUUUUAUUUUUUCCCCCAUCCCUGGAACUUUAUCUAAUUCCUUUUUGAGUAGCUGAAUCCAAAACUGCACACCAUAUUCAAGCUGAGGCUGUAUGAUAGUAAAAUCUGAAAGUUGAAAACAUUAAAAGGAUAACAUCUGCCCAAAUACAAAGGGAAAAGAAACAUCCAUUUUUUAUGAUGGAUUUAAAAGAGCCUGGUUUAAACAGUACAAAAAAACUGUGCUCUGAAGUCUAGAAAUCUUUGAUAUACUGUUUGUUGUGUUCAGUGCAAUGGAGCAGACAAGCCCUUGUGAUUUGACAGCAGAUAGAUGGAGAAAGCAAAACGGAGGCUUACAAAUACGAACACAUAACAGUACUUACUUUUAAAGUCGUUUGGUAGUUCUGAAAUGUUAUAAAUUUGCUCUUAUAAAUGCAUUAUAGAGGAUUCUGAGAUGGCUAUUAUUUCUAAAGUUUAAGCUAAUUAAUAUAUAGCCUAAUUACUGUUUGGUACAUUGUAGCAAUGUGUUGGAAAGAACUAACUGCAAGUUGCCACAAUGUACCGGAAAAGCAUAUCUAUUUCCAACCAUAGAUUAAUAUAUUAAGCCACACUUAAAGGGACAGUCAACUCCAAAAUUGUUAUUGUUUAAAAAGAUAGAACAUCUCUUUAUUAGCCAUUCCCCAGUUUUGCAUAACCAACACAGUUAUAUUAAUAUAUGUUUUACCUCUGUGAUUACCUUGUAUCUAAGCCUCUUCUGAAAGCCCCCUUAUCACAUGACGUUUUAUUUAUUUAUUAUCUAUUGACUUGCAUUUUAGCCAAUUAAUGCUGUGUUGUUCACAACCCACGGGUGUGAGCACAAUGUUAUCUAUAUGGCUCACAUGAACUAGCUGUAUCCUGUUGUGAAAAGCUAAUAAAAAAAGCAUGUGAUAAGAGGCUGUCUGUAGUGGCUUAGAAACAGGCAGACAUUUAGAGGUUUAAAUGUUCUAAAGUAUAUUAGUAUAACAAUGUUGGUUGAGCAAAGCUGGGGAAUGGGUAGUAAAGGCAUUGUCUUUUUAAACAAUAACAAUUUUGGUGUUGACUGUCCCUUUAAAUAAAGUUUUCUAAUUCAAAAAUUAUAAGGUGUAAAAAAAUAGAUAGACAAAUUGUACACUUUGUGUCCAGGUUUUAAUGGGGUUUUUUCUAUGUGAAAGUGUCCAAUUAAACAUGUAUUCUCCAAUAGUAAAGGUCAAAGGUUUGUGUUUUAGAUGGAAUUCCUGGAUGAAAGGAAAUAAAAUGUUCCCUACAUUAUUCUUCUGUAGUAAUUACAAAAAAUAAUUUAAUUAUACUUUUUACUUAACACGAAGUGGUAGAUUUAUCAAGUAUCGAGCAGACAUGAUGCGCUGUAGCGGAUCAGGUCCGCCCGACAUCGCUAAAUGCAGACAGCAUACGCUGUCGGCAUUUAACAUUGCACAAGCAUUUCUGGUGAAAUGCUUGUGCAAUUCACCGCCAAUUGGCCGCAAGCAGGGGGUGUCAAUCAUCCUGAUUAUAUCCGUUCGGGAUGAUUGCUGUCCGCCGGAUGAGUUAAGGAGCAGCGAACUUACGACCGCUGAAGGCUCACGUGGAAACAGCUGCAUCCGCAGCAUAGUAAAUCUACCCCUAUGGCUUUAAAACAUGACCCAUCAGUUAAUAAGAUUCAUUAUUGUUCCUAUAAAAUAACCAAGUUCAGAAGUAAGCUACCUCUUUCACAGCACUGCUUAUUUUGUAAUAGCUUUGUUUUUUAGGUCUUUGUACAAAUAAAGAGAUCAUCUUGUUGAA